GGAGGGAGCGGCUCUGAUAGAGCGACGUACACAGAGAGUGGGGAGAGAGAGAGAGAGAGAGAGAGAGCAGCGGCGCGGACGGGUGGAUGACUACAGACAGUCAGGAUGCGUGAAUACAAACUGGUUGUUUUAGGAUCAGGAGGAGUCGGCAAGUCAGCUCUGACUGUCCAGUUUGUUCAGGGAAUCUUUGUGGAGAAAUACGACCCGACGAUAGAGGAUUCCUACAGGAAGCAAGUCGAGGUCGAUGGACAGCAGUGUAUGUUGGAGAUCCUGGACACAGCAGGAACAGAGCAGUUCACGGCGAUGAGAGACCUGUACAUGAAGAACGGUCAGGGUUUCGCUCUGGUUUACUCCAUCACGGCUCAGUCGACCUUCAACGACCUUCAGGACCUCCGAGAGCAGAUCCUCAGAGUGAAGGACACCGAGGACGUUCCCAUGAUCCUGGUUGGAAACAAGUGCGACCUGGAGGUGGAGCGUGUGGUGGCCAAAGAGUCCGGCAUCGGCCUCGCCCGCCAGUGGAACUCCUGCGCCUUCCUGGAGACUUCAGCCAAGAGCAAGAUCAACGUCAACGAGAUCUUCUAUGACCUUGUGCGACAGAUUAACAGGAAGAGUCCAGUUCCAGGGAAAACUCGCAAAAAGUCCACCUGUCAACUUCUCUAAUGACAGUUUUCUGCUCACCUGACCGACAACCAACCAACCAAUCACACCACAUCUUCCAGCUGGCCACGCCCCUUUAACACAACCAUGUCAUCAUCAAACAUCAGCCACCUCUGACCUCUGUUCCCGUGAUGACCACACCGCCCAUCCCCUCACCACACUGUCUGACGGAGACGGUUGCCUUGGAAACAUUAAAACCAAACAUCAAAAGACUGUGGCGGCGAUGAUGAUAAUGAUUCUGCUGUUGCAGGAAUGGGGGCUGUCCAAACAACUGCCCAAAUUUAAACAACAGUUCCCAUCAUGCUCUCUGCUAGGCCAUUUAGCGCUGGGGAGUGGCUUCUUGCUUUUAAUGUUAAACGUUUCUUUCCUUUCCUUUACUUUAUUUUCCUUUUUUAUGUCCCGAGCCAUUCACACGCAGUUUGACCACUUCACUGUCAGCCAUGUUGUUGCCACUGUUACCCCGGUGAUGUCACGGCUAACAUGGCUGACUGUGUGUGUGUGUGUGUGUGGCUCUGGUAGAACCUGUGGAUCCAUACAGUGGUUAUUAUUACAGUGGUUAUUAUUAUAAUUCUGUGUGAAAAGAUAUAAAAGUCAUUUAAUGUU